UUGAAUGAAAACUACUCUACGUAAAUUGUAAACACAUUUCACAAAUGUUUGAUAUAUACCGGGAAUUUGGAUUUUGUUUUGACAUUUAUAGCAGUGUACUCAAACAGACAAGAUGUCAAAUAUUCUAGUGGUGUUAAAAUCAAAAUGGUUCUUCAUGGCGAUUCUUUUGAUGAUGAUUCCUCAGCCUGCUGUUAGCAUUUCUGAGGAAAUUGGAGAAGCAGUUACUUCUGGUCUUGAAGCUGGAAAGGAGAUCGGUGAACUGCUUUCAAAAGGGCAAUUUAAGAGUUCUUUAGUAAGGAUCACAAGAGGAAUAGGACCUUACCUUGGUGCAAUAGGACCAUUCGUAGGGAUCGUUAUGGCGUUAAAUCCAAUAGAGUCUGAAGAGUUGUCUUUCAUGAAAGAUAUGAUGAAUAGUAUCGAUAAUCGUUUGGAUCAGGUAGAUAAUCGAUUUAACGAUAUCGAACGAUUGAUUAAGUGGAAUGUUGUUCAAAUCAACUUCGGGCAGAUAGAACAAAGGAUAAAAGCAGUGUCACGUGAGUUCCAAUAUAUUUACAAUGUUCCAGAGGCUGCAGUACAAAACCGAAAGGAGCUGUAUGAAUGGAGUUAUAAAAGUGAUUAUCAGAAUAGUGGCACGAAGUUGUAUCAAGCGAUUGUCGAACGACAAGGUACAUUUCAAGAAGAUCUUGGUACUUCCGUUUUGAGAUUUACCAAAAAUAACCGGAAGAUGACGCAGUUAUUUCUGACCGGAGUAAUGCAACUUCUCUUGCAAGCUGUUAAAGUAGAAUUAGGGUAUCUUUCGGUUAACAAUUUUACACACAAUUUGGAUUACAUGACUUCGGAUUGGGAAAAAAGAAUACAGGAAGUGAGUGAUAAGUUCGAACAAAUUGACAACCAGAGCGUAGUAAAUUCUCACCAACAACUCGUAAUAGAUAUUGACGAAUAUGGUUUAAAAAACAAAGGUCUGUCACAUAAACUAUUUGCAAGAGAACUAUAUGAUCAGCUUGAAGAAAAAUAUUACUGGCGACACUGGAUUGUUAUCUCCUCUCGUCCAGUAGGAGAUGCUGAUCAUUGUGGUAAGGUCGAAGAAGGUUUAAUGAAAAUGAGGACAUAUGGUAGAAACCUAGAAGUGGCAAGUGUGGACGAGAACCAUCCAGUCAUGGAUAUGUACUUGGCUGAGAAAGAAAUGAUAUUGGUGAAAGUUUCAAAACGUAGUGGAAGUUGGUGGAGAGGAUAUAAGACCGUUCAUCAACAGGCAGCUCAAAUUUGUAAUUAUCUAGACCAAAGUCACUGUGGUGCUUCAUUGGUUAGUGCUAUCUCAAGUCAUGCGUAUGGUCACUAUCACUAUGAAGCUAAAGCUUUAAGAUUUGAACAAGUCGUCAAAAAUCCUUAUUAUACUCUCAUAAUGUGGGGUUGAAAUUGUUGAAAAUCUUGUCAAUCCUAUUAUAAAAUAAAAAAUAAUGAUUUCA